AUGGACGAAAAAGUAACAAACCAAGAAGUCGAAGAAAUAAUAAAACAUAUUAAUGAGAAUAAGAAGAAUGAAGGAGAACAUCAGAAUAAGAAAAUAAAGAAGAAACAUUUCGAAUAUGUAAAUUUAUCGGAAAGGUUUAUAAUUACAUGCCCUACAUAUACACAACAAUUUAGUCAUAUUUAUAGUUUGAGAAUAAAAAUUAUGAAAACACUUUUGAUGAGAACAAUAGAAGAUAUUGUGAAGAAGGAAGAAGGAUAUGAAAGAAAAAAAAAAAAUAUAAAUAGUGAAAAUAUAAAUAAUAAUGAAAAUAUAAAUAAUAAUCAAAAUAUAAAUAAUAAUGAAAAUAUAAAUAAUAAUGAAAAUAUAAAUAAUUAUAAUAAUUAUCAUAUUCUUCAAUAUUUAAAAGAAAUUAAAGUAAACGAAAAAUGUUAUUGUAUUGGUACGAUUUUUAAAAAAAUGGAAUUGCGUCCAUCUAUAUUAAAUGAAUAUUUAAGUGAAAUAAACAUAAUUAAUAAUACAAUAAAUUAUACACAUGAUGAAGAUAUUUUAUUCUUAGAAGAUGAAACAGCUAGAUUAAAAUUAGAAGGAAAUAUAAAUAGUGAUUUUUAUAUAACAGGUUUAACUAUUAUAGUAAAAGGUAUUGGUAUGAGUAAUGGUUCUUUAUAUGUAGAAGAAAUUAUAUAUUCUUAUAUUCCUAAAUUAGAUAUACCAAAGUGUAUAAGUAAUGAUGAUAAAUUUAUUUUAUUUGUAUCUGGAUUAUAUAUUAAUGAAUUAAAUAAAAGUAUUAAUAAUAUAUCUUUAUUAAGAAAUUUUAUUCUAAGAUUACAUGGUGAUACAUAUUUAUCAGAAAAUCUAAUUAGAUUAAUAAUUCUUGGUAAUUCUCUAAGUAAUAUUGAUAAUGAUGAAAAGGAUAUGAACACAAUAGAUGUUUUCUUAUCAUCAUUAUGUUCUUCAAUACAUAUUGAUUUAAUGCCUGGUGAUAAAGAUCCUAGUGAUUCUAAUUUACCACAACAACCUUUUCCUAAUAUAUUUUUUAAAAAAGCAAGAAAUUUUAAUUCUUUUCAAUGUGUUACUAAUCCAUAUUUAUUCUCUAUCGAUAAUAUUAAUAUAUGUUGUAUGUCAGGAGAACCUGUUCAUAAUAUUACUUCUUAUUCAAAAAAUAAUAAAAUCAAUGCUCUCAAACUUAUUGCACAAAGCAGAAUAUUAUCUCCCACGUCUCCAGAUACUUUAGGAUGUUACCCCUUUACAAAAAAUGAUCCUUUCUGCUUAAAUGACGAUAAUACAUAUCCACAUAUAUUUAUUAAUGGUAACUGUUCAAAAUUAGAAGUCCAAUACAUGCAAGAUGAUAAUAAACAAUUGCCUCUCUUAGUAUGUCUUCCAAACUUCAAUAUCUCACCGAAAGCCUUCCUUAUUAACCUCAAAAAUUUAGAAUACAAAAUAUUAACUUUUCAAAUUGACGAAGACAAAUAA